AUCAACGCCGAAACACGCCCACGCCUCGCGCGAGCACCGGCUCCCCCGAUCCAUCCCUCCUCCCCACGCCCCUCUCUCACCUAACUGCCCCGCUCCGAUCCUGUCGACGGCGGCGGCCACCUGUUCGAACCGCGCGCUCCUGCUGCCGUCGCCCCUCGCUGCGGCGGCGACCUUGGCAUCGGCCGCGGGGCGCGGCGGCGGCGGGUACACGUCCGGAGCGCCGACGACGCCGAGGUGGAAGCGAAACAGACCCCACGCUGCCGCGGCGGGCUGCGCGGACCCGGUGCUGCGGCGCGGGCGCGCCGAGCGCAGCCGCGACGACGGGCUCGGAUGCGCGUAGAACAGGCUGCUCGACAGCGAGCGCCGCGGCGGAGGCGCCCCGGCGCCGUGGUCGGAGGAGGCGCUCUUGGACGACUGGCUCCGGCUCACGCACCCGCUGCUGCUGCUGCUCGAGCUCGAGCUCGCGCUGCGGCUGCCGGACCGUGACACCAGGCCCACGGUGGAGGCCACUGACUCCGACCUCGGUAGCGUGGCGACGUUGGCAUCGUCGGCGGCCGCAACCGAGGAGGCGCGGAGCGGGAGGAGCUUGCCCUAGCAGAAGACCUCGUCGGCCGCGCACAUGUCCGUCCCCGCGCUCUCUCCGGCUGGUACGAUGUCGCCGGACGACAGGAUGCAGAACUCGAAGUCGUCGGCCGAGUCCGAGGCGCGACACUCUCAGAUCCCGUGCUCAUCACCAUCCUGCCCCUCGCUCGCCGCCCCCACCUCACCAAGAGCCUUAGCCGUCCCUAGAGAAGACACGGAGGUGCAGUGCCAGUGCUUUCCUCAAGUGCACCUCGGAUUUUCGGUACCGGCCAGAUUGGGACGAAUUCAACAUUCAUCGGCUCCACCAAAACACUGCCACUAUGAUGUGUAUGCUUGCGUCAGGACAGGGGACCCAAAAGUACUUCACAGAUGAAUGUGACAUUUUCCACAAGAACGAGAUACGAAAUGGCCAAGGACUGCUGACGAUGAUGACGACAUGGCCACCAUCGCUGCCCUCAGAUUCGGAUAUGAGGCCUUGGAAUUGAGGAAUGGUGGAUCUGAUUAUUUUGGCAAAGGUGUUCUUAAGAUUCGGAGGCAUCGUACUGCAACGGAUGCUUCCUCGAACUCCUCAACGCUUCGCUGAAGGACUGACCAGAGGCAUCUGGAUUGUUGGUAGCUGAUGGCAUGCCAUACGCCCCCGUCUCUUUGUUGCUAAUAACGCAGCCUUCCAUACCCUGGGCUACUGAGGCCAAUCCUGAUUCCAUCUUAUUCUCUAUACAGUAAGAUCAUCAAAAUUAAAAAUAUUGGUGUAAAGCAGACAUAGCAUUUCGUAGAUAAAUAGCAAGGUACUCCCUCCGUUUCUGAUUAAAUCAGUUCCUACACUUGCCUUAAGUCGAACUUCUUCGAUGUUUGGCCAAAUUUAUAAAAGAAAUUACAGAUAUGACACCAAAAGAACACAAUAUGAAAAUAUUGUUUAUAGUGAAUCUAAUGAUACUAAAUUGAUGUCUUUAAUCUUAAUGAUAUUUUCUAUAAAUACAGUCAAACUUUAAAAAAAGUUCUACUGCAGACAACUCUAGAAAUUGAUUUAUUCAGAGACAGAGGGAGUAACAAGAAAAGUACUUCGGGUUGCCUGUUAUUGUGCAACAAGUUGCGCACUAGCAUUGUGCUCGUUCAAAAUAUCAUAGAACAUGCCUAUAAGCCACCCACACUUCAUGUUUGUGAUCUAGAUAGUUUUAAGUUAGCAAUUGACAGCUUUGUUUUAAGUGAAGCAAAUUCAGCUGACUUUUAUAUAAAACCUCAAAGUAACAUUAACCAAAGUUUGAAAACAUACCAUCAAAGGAUGCAAGUCCUGCUUUCUUCAUCCUAAUCACUGACAGAUCUGCAGAAACAGACUGAGAUGUAGUACUAUAUUGGGAGGAGAGGACAGUGGCGCGGGUAGGCAACUGGGGUGCACAAGAAGAGGACAGUGUACCAUUGUAAAGCGAACAAAGGCGGGCAGGCGGGCGGGCGCCGCCUUUUGGUUCUCUGAUUGCGCAAAUUUUCAAGUCAUUGGGAAAGACAUGGUAGGAAUAGCUACGUAGCUCGCUUUGGGAUGUAGCCGGAUCAUGCUGUCCCCUUGCUAGCAGCAACUUGGCGUCUCCAAUGUGCUGCAAUCGCCUUUGAUGCCCAAUUCUCAAUUGGGGAUUAGCUACCUAAUCAAGUUAAAAAUGUGACUGGCUGAGUAUGAAAAAUCCUAGGCGUCAAUCAUGUUUCGUAGUCACUGUUGCUUAGUGUGCCAACACACCAUAAUUACAACGACACGUGUCUGUGUGCUUUUAAUCGGAUGAGUGUAGAACUGAGCUUUUCAGUGAAGAGAGGAUUUAGUACUGGAUCCAUCUAGCCUACAACCAGCUGUUUACAGUACUGGAUAAAACCUGCGAUUAGGCUCUUAGCAGCUCAAAUGCCAACCUGCAAAGUGCUUAAUCCUGCCUCAGAAUUCAGGUUUCCUCAAAACAGCAUGGGCAGUUGGCAAAGUGUUUAAGCUUAACCCUCUCUUUCAAAUCUGCCCAACUAAUUUCUCAUGGUGCCAUGGGUUGUAUUAUCGCCUCGUUAAUUAUUUAAUAAUGGGAUUCACAGCUAAUUAAAUCAUGGAUAAAAGUCCUGUCAUGUGUUAGUCUUGUGGAUUGUAACCUUUCACUAUCCCUUAGUUCAAUUCAUGGAUAAAUUUUUGUUUUAGGCUACUCUUUUGCUGUGUUACAUUAUUAAAAAACAAUUUGGUUUUGGUUCAUUUCUGAUAUGAAAGUAGCCUCUUGCUGUUCUUAUGCUUCCCCUAAUAUAACUUUUUUUUGAAUAAUUUCCUAGCUCUUUCAAAUCAAUUCGCGAUAUGUCCAGGUGGUAAUAUUUUGUGCAUAAUGGAAGAUGAGAUAUCCAGCAUAAUAGCUUAUGCUCUUGCCAUAUCUGAUGAGCGCCACCAUUUGAUAGAUUUAAAAUUUGAGAACGGAAUGGAUUAUUCCAAGGGAGAGUAUGCUAAAGCAAUAGAGAAAUCUUUUAGUUUUCUGUCUGAAAGUUCUUUCAGCUCAUCACCAUGGUCAUCUACAAGUUCUGAAGCAAGCUUAUCAUCUCUGUCUUCAUUUUCAUCUGAUGACUUUUCUGGUUAUGAUAGCUCAUCUUUAUUGUCCCCAAUGCAUCCAGAAAUGACUGUGAAUGGGAAAGUAACUCUCAAAGACAAAUAUUCAGUUACUGUUGUAUAUGACAAUCAAUUCUUUGCACUCCGAAAAAAGUGUUGCCCAUCCGAGCUUGCAUAUAUUACUUCUUUAAGCCGCUGCAAGAAGUGGAAUGCUCAAGGUGGAAAGAGCAAGGCCUAUUUUGUAAAGACAACAGAUGACAGGUUCAUCAUUAAGCAAAUCAAUAAAACAGAGUUUGAGUCAUUUAUUAAAUUUGCACCUGAUUACUUUAAGCAUGUUUACCAUUCUCUGGACACUGGAAGCCAAACUUGUCUCGCCAAAAUAUUAGGAAUCUAUCAGGUUAAGCAAAUUAAGCAUGGCAAAGAGGUAAAGAUUGACUUGAUGGUUAUGGAAAAUCUUCUCUUUGGCCACAAUAUUUCACGAAUUUAUGACCUCAAAGGUGCUAUUUUUUCGCGACGCAUCACUGACUCAAACGAUCAUGAUACUGUUUACCUAGAUCAAAAUUAUGUUGAGGACAUGAGCUUUUCUCCAAUCUAUAUUGGUGGAAGAACAAAGCAUCUUUUGCAGCGUGCAAUCUGGAAUGACACGUCUUUCCUCACUUCGGUGAAUGUUAUGGACUAUUCUCUACUUGUGGGAGUGGACAAAGAGAAGCAUGAACUUGUGUUUGGCAUCAUUGAUUAUCUGAGGCAAUAUACUUAGGACAAACAACUGGAGACAUGGGUGAAGACUUCUCUGGUAGUACCCAAAAAUGUUUUACCAACUGUAAUUUCCCCCAAGGAAUACAAAAAAAGGUUUAGGAAGUUCAUGGCGAAGUACUUUCUGUCAGUUCCAGACACAUGGAGUCUUGAUAAUCCGUCUAAGCCAUGCAAAUCCCUUGGUCAGAGCAAUCGCAAGUUGGCGGAAGUCCAGAUUGGUGAUAACCUGUCAGAGCACCCAAAUGAAGUUGAGGGGUGUGCCUAAUCAUGUGCAAGAUUUCCUGGCAAUUUUGUUGAACCCUAUCAUGUUGUUGUUUGGCUAUAUUUCACUUUGUAAAAUGGUGUACAUAGGAGGACCUUGCGGUUUUUAGGCAAAUUGUUGGGCAAGUGAGGUCCACAUGACGUGUACCUAUACAAAUGUUCAUUGUUGAUUUCACAAUUAUUAUAGUGAAAUUAAGAAUUCAUAUGAUCAUUUUUUUGGACCUACCACUUGUGAGACUGAAGCAGUCUAUUCUUCACUUAUGACUAACUGUCCAAGACCAAGAUAGGCAUUUCCUACCUCUAUUGAAAUUAGGUCAAUUUGAGUAUUAUGUUGUACUGUGUACCCCCCCAUUGUAUUGAUGGGAUAUGUAAAAGGUUUCGUAUAAAUGUCUGCUCCCCUGACCUUGUUUGUUGCACGCAACACAAUACAUAUUUUGUGUUUGAUGGA